AUGGCUGGAAGAACAAAUGCUGCGGUUCGAGCUGGAUGUACCACACUUUUCGAAGUGGAAGCUAAAGUUACGCAAGGUACCGUAGCUGGAUAUUUUCUGUUUAACUUUGCUGUCGAUGACAUUAUACGAAGAACAUUUGAGCAGUGUUCCGCUUUUCCGGAUGUUGUGUUAGCAUUGUCUGCGUGUCCUUUAGUGGAUCUCGAGCACAUGUUGGAAAUGAUCGUUUUUGUGCUAGGAAUAUUGACUGCUUGCUUUGCGAUACGAUCAGGCCAACAAGAAGAAUUCAAGCUUGAUUCGAUAGAUCCUGAAACACUCCCAAGUAUCACCUACAAACACCUCUCCUUUCCGUGCACGGAUUCACAAUGCGUUGUGCAACCCUGUAAGACAGACGCCAGUUGCCCAUCGUACCCUCAGGCAAUUUGUGUGAACACAGAGUGCGUCAAAUUGGGUCAGAAAUGUAGAAUUGGCAGUGAUUGUCCACUUUUUCCUACAACAUUUUGUGUCGACUAUAUGUGCGUUCGACUUGGUCAGGUAUGUCUGACCGAUUCGAAUUGUCCAACAUCACCGAAAAUUUACUGUGUGAUGAAUCGAUGCACUAUGCUUGGACAACCGUGUACGGCGGACGGCCAAUGUCCAUUUUAUCCGUUGACCAGUUGUGUGAAUUCUCAAUGUUUGAAACUUGGUCAGCAAUGUCGAGUUGAUGCCGACUGUCCACAACGUCCUCAUACAAUAUGUUUCAAUCAGAGAUGUAUAAAAUUGCACCAAGGAUGCACAAGAAAUACUGAUUGUCCAUUGACUGCAGAUAUUUUUUGCAUACAAAAUCGUUGCGUUAAACUCGGACAGGAUUGUCGAACGGAUAGUCAAUGCCCAUAUGCUCCACUGACAACAUGUAUUUCCUUCAAAUGUACACUAGUUGACGAUAAUUGUUUGUUGGACGCGGAUUGCCCAUCAUAUCCACGGGUGCGCUGUAUCGACACGAAAUGUAUGAAACUUGGACAGUUUUGUAGAUCAGAUAAGGACUGUCCUAAAUCUUCAAGCAUUAUUUGCGUUAACAACGAAUGCAGUAAGUUUAGUCAGCCAUGCAACGCGGAUACGGAAUGUAUGCAUUAUCCACAAACUGUAUGUGUGAAUAAACGAUGUAUGAAGAUAGGUCGAAAGUGUUCAACGGAUUCGGAAUGUCCUUACAGUCCUGAGACCCAAUGUGUUGGGAAAAGAUGUAUAAAGAUAGGACAAAUUUGCAAAGCCGAUACAGAUUGUCCGUCGUUGCAAGGAUUACAGUGCUAUCGCGGAAUAUGCCUCCAAAUCACUGGAAUUUGUGAGCAAAAUAGUGAUUGCGGACGUCUGAUGAGUUGUGUUAGCGGUCAGUGCACUCGACUUCCCCAAGUAUGCAAUGACAACAAAGACUGUCCCUUCUAUCCACAAGUAUACUGUGAAAACCGUAGAUGUAAGAAAAUUGGGGAUUCUAUUAACCAAGGAUUAUCAGGAAGAGAUAUUCCUCAAUCGAUCGCAACAAGUACUGGAAUCUGCAGAAUGUCACAAGAAGAGAGGACGAGCAUACUGGACCUGCAUAACGUGUACCGAGCUCAGCUUGCGCAGGGAAAUCUGGAGAACAAUGGGUAUGGGUACGCAAAACCAGCAGCCUUGAUGUUCAUACUGCAAUGGGAUUGCGAACUUGAAAAUAUGGCUUAUGAACACGCGACACGAUGUUUGCCACAGAAAUCCGAUCCUGAAACACGUCCUAACGUCGGAGAGAACGUGUAUAUAUCGAUGGAUCAAACUUACGAUCAUAAAACUAUAGCGAAACAGGCUCUGAAUGAGUGGUGGAACGUACUCGCUCAAUUUGGAAUUAAAGAUACAAGGUACACAGAAGAACUCAACAAAUCCAGCAGUUAUGCGUCAUGGAGUCAAGCAGCAUGGGCAGAAACAAGCAAAGUUGGGUGUUAUUCGUACCAAUGUCAGACGAGUAGACUUCUUGUUUGCCGCUAUGCAAAAAGGGGAAGCAUUCCUGGAGAGCUUAUCUACAGAGUCGGCAGUCCGUGUUUAGCGUGUCCAUCUGAUUGCAUCUCCGAAAAGAACUCCAAGUUUUAUGGCCUUUGCAGGCCUCCACAUUGA